AUGAAGAGCAAGAGCCAUGUGGCAAUUAAUAUAUCGGGCAAUGGCUCACUGGACGUAGCACUGGCCAGGGAGGACGCACUCUAUCGUUUUCGAGAUAUCAAUUGGGCAACUUAUACGCGUGCAGGGAAUUUUUCAUUAGAAAAGAACGAAAUUGUGGCAUUAAAGAACUUGGAAGGAAUUAUUAAGUCUGACGUUGAUGAUACGACAAAUGUGAAAGCUGUGGAUGAAUUCAUGAGUGAUGCCGGAAUUAUUAUUGGCCGUGUAUUACUGAAGCUAAUAAAAAAUGUCACGGAACCUACAGUGCUCAACUAUUGUUUGGCUCGCAUGGAGGAAUUAUUGCCUGAUGGGCUACGUCUUCAUAAACGUAUGAUUUACUUUGUACCAGAAGGCAGCACUGUGGAUGCUGCUUCAUUCUUGAGAAUGAUCCGCAAUGAUGCAGGCUAUAUGCAAUUUGCUGCAAGCCACUUGCUUGCACUCUUUCUUACAAUUCGUCCGAGACAGGAAGAUGCCGAGGCCCUAAGUCAGUGGACAAUUCAGGCCUUGAAGGCGGGUGCGUUAACGACCUCAACUAAUGACCCAACUCGCACAAAUGUUACACGCGCUGCCGUUGCAUCUCUAAUGGUUCUUCUUCGUAACGAAAACUUGCGAGUGAUUUUUGUCAAACUUGGCGGGGUAACUUCGGUAGUGAAUUUGUUGAAGAGCUCUCAGAAUCGCGCACAACUUGCGUACGAGCUGACUUUCAUCCUGUGGACCUUGGCAUUUUGCGAUGAAGCUAUGGAGACUUUUGUAGCUGCAAAUGCAUUGGACGUGAUUGUGCUCCAAGUGGCAGCAGCUCCGCGUGAGAAGGUUGUGCGUGUUGCGUUAGAAGCUCUUCAGAACUUACUCGGCAAGCUCAGUGGCUUUUUCAACGAACGAAUGAUCGAUAGCGGGCUUUUGAAGACUCUAAACAACAUGCGCGAGCGAAAGUGGGCUGAUGAAGAUAUUGUCAAUGACAUCCAAUCUGUUCGUGACGUACUCAUUCGCGAGUACAAGGAGCUAAAUACCAUGGAGCGUUACGAGAAGGAGCUAAAAACGGGAAGACUAAACUGGGGACUGUUGCACACUGACAAAUUCUGGAAAGACAACUUCAUGAGAUUUGAAAACAAGGACUUUGAGCUUGUUCGCUUAUUGAUUGAAUUGUUGGAAUCGGACGAAUCAAAGACGGUGGCUGUAGCUCUAUUUGAUCUGGGUGAAUUUGUUCGCUUCUACCCGAACGGCAAGCAUAUUGCCAAGAGGCUUGGUGCCAAGAAGGUGGCAAUGAAACUUAUGACGCACGAAAACGGGGAGGUACAAAAGCAAGCUCUACAGUGCAUCUCCAAGAUGAUGGUCAACAAAUGGGAGUUUGUCAAGUGA